AUGGUUCAGCAACCUGUGCGCGUUUACGCCCUUGAGGUCCCGCCUGGCGAUAUGCCCAUCCCAGCGGGCUUCGAAGACCUUCCUGCAUCUAUACGCAUCUCAAUGGCGGCCAUUGACCCUAGUGCCCCCGCACAGCUCGACCUGGCUCCAGCCGAUCAGACCGUCCCUCGCGCGACUCUGAAGAUCAUCAAGGUCAUAAGUGCUGAGCUGAGUGAAAGCGAAGACGACGAGGACGAUUACGACUCCGACGAUAUCGCUGCUCUGGAAGCUCGUCUCAGACCUGCUCUCGGCGGGUCCGACGAGGACUCUGAAGAAGACUCCGAGGAUGAUGAAAGUGACGACGAAGUAAAUGGCGGCCCAAGCGAUCCGGCAAAAACCAAGAAAGCUCGAAAAGACGCUGCUGUCAAGCAGAUCCUUGAAGCGCUCAUUGGUGAUGACGAUAUGGACGUUGAUGACAUGUCCAACGGUGUCAACGGUAUCAAGAAAAACAAAGGCAAAGGCAAAGCGUCCGAUGAAGACGACGACGAGGAAAUCGACUCCGAUGAGGCAGACAGUGAGGAUGGUGAAUUGGAGGAGCAUGUGAUCUGUACUCUUGACACCACGCAGCACUAUCAACAACCAAUUGACAUCACCGUCAGCGAAAAUGAGCAGGUUUACUUCAAGGUCAUUGGCACGCACAGCGUGUUCUUGACCGGUAAUUACAUUGCUGAUGUCAAAGAUGAGUCUGAUGAUGAGGACUAUGAAGAUGACGAUGAGAUGGAUCUCUACGGAGGUUUGGGAGGUAUGGAUGAGGAUUCAGAUGAUUAUGAUGAGGAAUCUGAUGAGCUCGACGACAUUGCUGAUCCCCGCGUCACUGAAGUUGAAAGUGAGGAAGAGGAGGCCCCAAAGCUUGUUAAGGCUGAGAAAAAGGACAAGAAGGGCAAGAAUAAGCGCGCUGCCGAAGACUCGGAGGAGGAUGCUUCUACCCUUGACGAUCUCAUUGCAAAAUCAAUGAAGUCUGGCGAGGCUGCUUCUGGUGAGAAGUUGAGCAAGAAGCAGCUCAAGAAGCUGAAGAACAACCAAGGCUUGGCUGUUGCUGGUGCUGAUGAGGUUGCCAAAAAAGAGGCCAACGGGACUACAUCGAAAUCUGACAAGAAGGAAGUCAAUGGCACCAAUGGCACUCCCCAAUCCGCCAAGUCCGACAAAAAGGUUCAAUUCGCGAAGAACCUUGAGCAAGGACCUACCGGUUCCCCACUCCCCAAAGCUGGAGAAAAGGAGGAUGCCAAACCGAAGCAGGCCCUCGGCGUAAAGAAUGUUCGUGGGGUAAAGAUUGACGACAAAAAGCUGGGCAAAGGCCCUGCGGCUAAGAAAGGCGACAAGAUCGGCAUGAGGUACAUCGGAAAGCUCGAGAAAGAUGGCAAAGUCUUCGAUUCGAACAAAAAGGGCAAGCCGUUCACCUUCGUCCUUGGCAAGGGUGAAGUUAUCACAGGAUGGGAAAUCGGCGUCGAUGGCAUGACUGUCGGUGCCGAGCGACGCCUCACCAUUCCGUCCAAAUUGGCCUAUGGAAAUAAGUCACUUCCUGGUAUUCCCGCUAACUCUAACCUCGUCUUCGACAUCAAAUUGAUCUCCAUCAACUAA